UAAUGCUGGUCCUUCAACUUCUCUGGCAAAUGAGGAUUAGGAAUGCGGAAGUAGCUAUCAUAAAAACGAACAACCAACAAUACAACAAAGCAAAAGAAACGAAACAAACGAAACAAACACAGCAACUAAUAUACUAAUAUCGAUACAAACACCGUAACACAAUGAGCUCCAGCAACAACACAGAAGCAACAGUACAAAAACUAGUCAUUCGCAACAACCAUGAAUGGGAUCCACUUGAAGAAGUGGUGGUUGGCCUUUGGGUACCAAACACACUGAGAAUGCCCACCAUUGAAGAGAGUGUGAAAGCAACAUUUCCAUACAUUACUCAAGAGGCAUGGGAUUAUCUAGGAAAGGCCGAAAACAAACUCUUAUCCGAGGCCUAUCCAGCUGAUGACCAAUUGUUUUGUGACGAGCAAGAAGCACUUGUCCAAGCCUUGCAGAGUCUGGGAGUCAAAGUGCGUCGACCUGAUGAGAUUGAGUUCCCAGUGAUUGCAACGUCAAGCUGUUAUUCUCGUGAUCCCAUUGUAACCAUUGGAAACAAGACAAUCAUCACCAACAUGAAUCUGGAAAACAGGCGACAGGAAACACCCAGCUAUCGCCGCAUUGCCUUGGAACUUGCCACUCAGUACAAUGGUACAGUGGUCAGUAUGCCACCCAACAAAGCAGGAUAUCCCGACUCCAAUGCCUACCUUGAGGGAGGCGACGUGUUUGUGGACGGAAAGGAUAUUUACGUCGGAGUUACCGGCAAUGCCUCGAACGACAAUGGCAUUGCGUGGCUCCGGGAGGAAUUGGGAUCCGACUAUACAGUGCACAAGGUACCGUUGAAUUCCAACGUGUUGCAUCUGGAUUGUGCCAUGAUGCUCAUCAACGAACGCCAAGGUCUCAUUUGCAAAGAGGACUUUGUGGAUUUUGACGCCUUGCCUGAUCGACUAAAGAAUCGCCAAUGGGUUGAAGUGGAACCCAAACAGGCUCAAGUCAUGGCAACCAAUGGCAUUUGUGUUAACCCAACGACCAUCAUGAUGAGAAAAGGAUUUACCGAGGUAGCGGAAAAGGUCCGAGCAAUCGGCGUUGAAGUCAUCGAGCUUGAUUUCAAAAAGGCUGAUUACUUUGGUGGUGGUCUGAGAUGCUCCUACCAGCCAAUCAGGAGAAAGGAAGCCUAGCUAGCAAGCUAGAUACAGUAAGAUAGUUGUAAUAGUUAUUGAAGCUAAUAUCGGU